UGGCCGCCACCCUGACUCCCGCCGGCGACAGGAUCGGGAAGAUCGGGCUUCUGCGGGAGGAGAUCCCCCGACCGGGACAGAGGGGGCUCCCGGGUGGGACUCGGGGCGGGGGGCACCAAGCCCUAAAACGGAGAUCCCCAAGGGGGUGGGUGCCCCUGGGUACCCAGGUGCCAGGGGACGCACUUGCAUGUCUGGAUGGGAGUCACCUCUGUCCCUCACAAGCUGUGUGAUCGUGACAGUGGACAAGCCACUGAACCACCGCCACCCACGUCUCAGUUUUGAUCUGCAAAAUGGGAUAAUUCUAGUACCUUCCUCGGAGGGUGGUUGGGACCCGGUAAAAAUGGGGUCUGGGGUCUGGGUUCCCUAUUGAAACAAUCUAUUCCCAGCCUCUCCCACUGGAGAUUAAUUCAGUGGAGGUGGGGCGGGACUGGAGACGCUGAUCCCUGGUGACAUGUAUGAUCAGGCAAAUUUAGGAUACACUGAUGGGUGGGGACCUUGCCUCUGUUCUUGUUAACUGCCAUCCCCAGCAGAAGACAGCGUGGAAGUCAGAGGAUAUUGGAUAUACCUCAAGCCAGCCCAGAUGAACAUAAAAUCUCGGUGGGAAAGAGGAACCGCUGCUGCUGGCCGAACUCAAGCCCGGGCGCCCCCACCAGUUUGACUGGAAGUCCAGCUGUGAAACCUGGAGCGUCGCCUUCUCCCCAGAUGGCUCCUGGUUUGCUUGGUCUCAAGGACACUGCAUCGUCAAACUGAUCCCCUGGCCGUUGGAGGAGCAGUUCAUCCCUAAAGGGUUUGAAGCCAAAAGCCGAAGUAGCAAAAAUGAGACGAAAGGGCGGGGCAGCCCAAAAGAGAAGACGCUGGACUGUGGUCAGAUUGUCUGGGGGCUGGCCUUCAGCCCGUGGCCUUCCCCACCCAGCAGGAAGCUCUGGGCACGCCACCACCCCCAAGUGCCCGAUGUCUCUUGCCUGGUUCUUGCUACGGGACUCAACGAUGGGCAGAUCAAGAUCUGGGAGGUGCAGACAGGGCUCCUGCUUUUGAAUCUUUCCGGCCACCAAGAUGUCGUGAGAGAUCUGAGCUUCACACCCAGUGGCAGUUUGAUUUUGGUCUCCGCGUCACGGGAUAAGACUCUUCGCAUCUGGGACCUGAAUAAACACGGUAAACAGAUUCAAGUGUUAUCGGGCCACCUGCAGUGGGUUUACUGCUGUUCCAUCUCCCCAGACUGCAGCAUGCUGUGCUCUGCAGCUGGAGAGAAGUCGGUCUUUCUAUGGAGCAUGAGGUCCUACACGUUAAUUCGGAAGCUAGAGGGCCAUCAAAGCAGUGUUGUCUCUUGUGACUUCUCCCCCGACUCUGCCCUGCUUGUCACGGCUUCUUACGAUACCAAUGUGAUUAUGUGGGACCCCUACACCGGCGAAAGGCUGAGGUCACUCCACCACACCCAGGUUGACCCCGCCAUGGAUGACAGUGACGUCCACAUUAGCUCACUGAGAUCUGUGUGCUUCUCUCCGGAAGGCUUGUACCUUGCCACGGUGGCAGAUGACAGACUCCUCAGGAUCUGGGCCCUGGAACUGAAAACUCCCAUUGCAUUUGCUCCUAUGACCAAUGGGCUUUGCUGCACAUUUUUUCCACAUGGUGGAGUCAUUGCCACAGGGACAAGAGAUGGCCACGUCCAGUUCUGGACAGCUCCUAGGGUCCUGUCCUCACUGAAGCACUUAUGCCGGAAAGCCCUUCGAAGUUUCCUAACAACUUACCAAGUCCUAGCACUGCCAAUCCCCAAGAAAAUGAAAGAGUUCCUCACAUACAGGACUUUUUAAGCAACACCACAUCUUGUGCUUCUUUGUAGCAGGGUAAAUCGUCCUGUCAAAGGGAGUUGCUGGAAUAAUGGGCCAAACAUCUGGUCUUGCAUUGAAAUAAUAGCAUUUCUUUGGGAUUGUGAAUAGAAUGUAGCAAAACCAGAUUCCAGUGUACUAGUCAUGGAUCUUUCUCUCCCUGGCAUGUGAAAGUCAGUCUUAGAGGAAGAGAUUCCACUUGCACGGCAACAGAGCCUUACGUUAAAUCUUCAGUCCAGUUAUGAACAGCAAGUGUUGAACUCUUUCUGCUCGUGUUGAUUCAAAGUGCAGUUACUGAUGUUGUUUUGAUUAUGCAACUAAGUAGGCCUCCAGAGCCUCUCUAGUGGCAGAGCAGCUCACACUCCCUCCGCUGGGAAGGAUGGCUUCUGCCUAGUACCUAUCCUUGUGUUUCUGAUGCAGUGGUAGCAUUGGUUCAAGUUCUCUCCUGCUGCGGUCAGAGUUGCUUCGAUGUUGGCCAAGUGCUUUUCUUCUUGGGCUCCCUUCUGACCUGCAGGACAGUUUUCCUGGAGCCAUUUGGUAUGAGGUAUUAAUUUAGCUUAACUAAAUUACAGGGGACUCGGAGGCCGUGCUCCUGACCGAUCCAGACACUAUUACUGGCUUUUUUUUUUUUUUAACAAUGGUGUGCAUGUGCAGGAAAUGACAAAUUUGUAUGUCAGAUUAUACAAGGAUGUAUUCUUAAACCGCAUGACUAUUCAGAUGGCUACUGAGUUAUCAGUGGCCAUUUAUUAGCAUCAUAUUUAUUUGUAUUUUCUCAACAGAUGUUAAGGUACAACUGUGUUUUUCUCGAUUAUCUAAAAACCAUAGUACUUAAAUUGAACAGUUGCAAAGAUGUCUUAAUUGUGUAAAGAAUUGGUGUAGUCAUGACUUUAGCUGAUACUCUUAUGUACGAGAUCUGUCUCUGCUGUUUAACUUCAUUGGAUUAAUCAGCUGGUUUCAACUCUACUGCGAAACAAAAAUAGCUCCUUAAAAGUACUGUUCUCCUUCAGUGGCAUGUAGUUAUCUAAUCAAGACACCUCAUUCAAACAAAACCUGCCUUAGGAAAAUUUAAUAUAUUUUAAAUUAUUUUAAAAGAAAUACAACAUCUUAUUCUUUAGCUUUCUUAAUCGGUGCUUUAUGGAGGCCAGUGUAACGUUACAUGACUCGUUGAGAAAGUUGAGGAAUUUCCUCUACCACCUUUGUUGCUUGAAGAAAAACAUGUCUUUUCAAAAUGAGAGGCUUUCAUUGAAGAAAAGAAAAAAAAAAACAGUUAAAAGCU